AUUCUACUAUGACUAAUAGAUCCGUGAACUUCUGAUUGCUAUAAUAGUAACAGAGAAUUCACGUCAUUUCAGACUUACAGUCGAUUUGGCGUCUAAAGAGUUUGAAUUUUCCCAAGUUCACAUUACUCCCAAUUUUGUUAUAGGACUCGUAUUAUAGCACUGCAGGUAAUAAAGUACAUUCAGUAAUUUAAUCGAGAGACUCCUUCUUUUAUAAAUCCUAACUGCUUUUGUCAAUUUUGGUAUAACAGUAGUUUUUCUGGAAGAUCAAAACGAUUUUGAGGUUGAUUGGAGUUUUUUGAUCUCAUAUAUUUCUAUAAAGUAGCUGUUGGGGAAAAUGACAGUAUUCACAGUUUUUGGUGGCCAUGGUAAAGUAUCCUUACUUUUUACAAAAAUUGCUUCUGAAGCAGGACACGUGGUGUACAGCGUUGUUCGUGACUAUACGCAAAAUGAGGACAUUGAAAAAGUAAACGGUCGAACCAAAGUCUGUUCUUUGGAAAAAGCAUCUCCGUUAGAGAUUGCCGACUUAUUGAAAGAAACACGGCCUGAUACGGUUAUAUUCGCAGCUGGUUCUGGAGGAAAAGGCGGAGUUGAAAGAACCAAAGCUGUGGAUUACGAAGGAGCUGUAAAAGUAUUUGAUGCUAUGAAGAUUGCAAAAAUCCGACGGUUAAUUAUGUUAUCGGCUAUCGACAAUCGCGACAUGACACAACCUCCACCGACCCAUUAUACGGCAGCUGAUAUUGAUUUGAGCCAAAAGAUCCACAAGUCUAUUGGUGCAUAUUACUAUUAUAAAUUUCUUGCAGAUCAGGAAUUGGUGCGUCGAUCCAAUGACAUUGACUGGACCAUCGUACGUCCCUCUGGGCUAACGGACGAAGACAGCGAUGGUAAGAUUGCUAUUGGUAAAAUCUCGAUUAAUUGUAUGAUUUCAAGAGAAACUGUUGCUCGAGCUAUUCUUUUGUUUGCAAUGGAUCCACAAUCCAAUCAUCUUAUUGCUGAUAUUACUGAUGGUGAAGUUCCAAUUCAUACAGCUAUAUCUGGGUUUAUUGUCAAAGGAGAAUCAUCCUAUACCUACUCUGUCUAAUAAUGAAAAAUCCGAUCUUCCAUGCGUAGACGAAUUUCAUCAUUUUCUUUGUUAAUGAGUUUUGAUGUAAAUACUGUUAUGAACAAUAAUUGAAAUCCAUAAAUGCAGACCCGUGUACUAAGAUCCUUAGAAAAUAAGAUCUACCUAAAAAAAUUAAAAUAAAAAUAAAAAUUAAAACCCCUUUUUUAAAUUUG